GACAUCACUGCGCCGCCGCUCGGCGCGUGUGGGGCUCUCUUCGCUUGCGAGUACAUGCUUCGCAGGUCGCCCCUCCGCCUGGCUUCGCCACUACCGGAGGGGCUCGAGCGAUCUGGCGACCCGGAGACCCAGUGCGCGUCGUGAGAGCACAGAAGCACGGUCAGGGAGAGGCCCGUGCGCAGCCCUGGGCGGACGCACCGCUGUUUGCGUUUCCUCAGAGCGCGGCGUAGGAGUCGCUUCAUCAUGAGAAAUCUAAAGUUAUUUCGGAGCUUGGAGUUCAGGGAUAUUCAGGCUCCAGGGAAACCUCAGUGCUUCUCUCUCCGAACUGAACAGGACACAGUGCUCAUUGGCUCAGAACAUGGACUGAUAGAAGUAGACCCUGUCGUAAGAGAGGUGAAAAAUGAAAUUCCUCUGGUGGCAGAAGGCUUUCUCCCAGAGGAUGGAAGUGGCUGCAUUGUUGGUAUUCAGGAGUUGCUGGAUCACGAGUCUGUGUGUGUGGCCACAGCUUCUGGAGACGUCCUACUUUGCAAUCUCAACACACACCAGCUGGAAUGUGUCGGGAGUGUAGCCAGUGGUAUCUCUGUCAUGAGUUGGAGUCCUGACCAAGAGCUGGUGCUUCUUGCCACAGGUCAACAGACCCUAAUUAUGAUGACAAAAGAGUUUGAACCAAUCAUGGAACAGCAAAUCCACCAGGAUGAUUUUGGUGAAAGCAAGUUCAUCACUGUUGGCUGGGGCAGGAAGGAGACGCAGUUCCAUGGAUCAGAAGGCAGGCAAGCCGCCUUUCAGAUGCAAAUGCACGAGUCUGCUUUGCCCUGGGAUGACCAUAGACCACAAGUUACCUGGCAUGGUGAUGGACAGUUUUUUGCUGUGAGUGUUGUUUGCCCAGAGACAGGGGCUCGAAAGGUCAGAGUGUGGAGCCGGGAGUUUGCUUUACAGUCAACCAGUGAGCCUGUGGCAGGACUGGGACCUGCUCUGGCUUGGAAGCCCUCAGGCAGUUUGAUCGCAUCUACGCAAGAUAAACCCAAUCAGCAGGAUGUUGUGUUUUUUGAGAAAAAUGGACUUCUCCAUGGACAUUUUACACUUCCUUUCUUUAAAGAUGAGGUUAAGGUUAAUGACCUUCUCUGGAAUGCAGAUUCCACUGUGCUUGCAGUUUGGCUGGAAGACCUUCAGAGGGAAGAAAAUUCCACUCUGAAAACCUAUGUUCAGCUCUGGACUGUUGGAAACUAUCACUGGUAUCUCAAGCAAAGCCUGCCCUUCAGCACCUGUGGGAAGAGCAAGAUUGUGUCUCUGAUGUGGGACCCGGUGACCCCAUACCGGCUGCAUGUUCUCUGUCAAGGCUGGCAUUACCUCUGCUAUGACUGGCACUGGACGACUGACCGGAGCUCAGGAGAGAAUUUAAGUGACAUGGCAAAUGUGGCUGUUGUUGAUGGAAACAGGGUAUUGGUGACAGUCUUCCGGCAGAGUGUGGUUCCGCCUCCCAUGUGCACCUACCAACUGCUGCUCCCACACCCUGUAAAUCAAGUCAUGUUCUCGGCACACCCUAAAAAGAGCAAUGACCUCGCUGUCCUAGAUGCCAGUAACCAGAUUUCUGUUUAUAAAUGUGGUGAUAGUCCAAGCAUAGACUCUACGGUGAAACUGGGAGCUGUGGGUGGAAAUGGAUUUAAAAUUUCUCUUAGAACACCUCAUCUGGACAAGAGCUACAAAAUUCAGUUUGAGAACAGUGAAGAUGAAGAAGUAAACCCACUGAAGCUUGGCCUUCUCACCUGGGUUCAGGAAGACGUUUUCCUGGCUGUGAGCCACAGUCAGUCCAGUCCACAGUCUGUCAUUCACCAUCUGACUGUGGCCCCUUCUGCGAUGGAUGACGAGCAGGGACAGCUCAACAUUAGUUCAUCUGUGACAGUGGAUGGGGUCAUAAUCAGUCUGUGUUGCAACUCCAAGACCAAGUCAGUAGCACUGCAGGUGGCUGGUGGUCAGAUACUUAAGUACCUUUGGGAAUCACCCUCUCUGGCUGUUGAACCAUGGAAGAACCCUGGUGGAUUUCCUGUUCGAUUUCCUUAUCCGUGCACACAGACCGAACUGGCCAUGGUUGGAGGAGAGGAAUGUGUCCUUGGUCUGACUGAUAGAUGUCGCUUUUUCAUCAAUGACACUGAGGUUGCUUCAAAUAUCACAUCAUUUGCAGUAUAUGAUGAGUUUUUAUUGUUGACGACUUAUUCCCAUACUUGCCAGUGUUUUUGCCUGAGAGAUGCAUCAUUGAAAACAUUACAGGCAGGUCUGAGCAGCAGCCAUGUGUCUAAUGGGGAAUCUCUGCGGAAGGUGGAGAGGGGUUCACGCAUCGUCACUGUUGUGCCCCAGGACACAAAGCUUAUAUUACAGAUGCCAAGGGGAAACUUAGAAGUUGUUCAUCAUCGAGCCCUGGUUUUAGCUCAAAUUCGGAAGUGGUUGGACAAACUAAUGUUUAAAGAAGCAUUUGAAUGCAUGAGAAAACUGAGAAUUAAUCUCAAUCUGAUUCAUGAUCAUAACCCUAAGGUGUUUCUUGAAAAUGUGGAAACCUUCAUAAGACAGAUAGAUUCUGUAAAUCAUAUUAAUCUGUUUUUCACAGAAUUGAAGGAAGAAGAUGUUACAAAAACCAUGUACCCUCCACCAGUUACCAGUACUGUCCAGCUGUCCAGCGAUCCUGAUGGGAAAAAAGUAGACCUUAUCUGCGAUGCUAUGAGAGCAGCCAUGGAGAACAUAAAUCCUCACAAGUACUGCCUAUCAAUACUCACCUCUCACGUGAAAAAAACAACCCCAGAACUGGAAAUUGUGCUGCAGAAGGUACACGAGCUUCAAGGAAGUGCUGCACCUGUUCCUGAUGCUGUGAGUGCUGAAGAGGCCCUGAAGUAUUUGCUGCUUCUUGUAGAUGUUAAUGAAUUAUAUGAUCAUUCUCUUGGGACCUAUAACUUUGAUUUGGUCCUCAUGGUAGCUGAGAAGUCACAGAAGGAUCCCAAAGAAUACCUUCCAUUUCUAAAUACACUUAAGAAAAUGGAAACGAAUUAUCAGCGGUUCACUAUAGACAAAUAUUUGAAACGGUAUGAAAAAGCCAUUGGCCACCUCAGCAAAUGUGGUAAGUGUGAGGAACACACUUGCUCCAUUAGCCUGUUACCUUCCUUGAUGUUCCCCUGUCAGGAUUAUGAAGAAGCUGUGCUCUUGCUGUUAGAAGGAGCUGCCUGGGAAGAAGCUCUGAGACUGGUACAUAAAUAUAACAGACCAGAUAUUAUAGAAACCAACGUAAAGCCUUCCAUUUUAGAAGCCCAGAAAAAUUAUAUGGCGUUUCUGGACUCUCAGACAGCCACCUUCAGUCGCCAUAAAGCACGUCUGUUGGUGGUGCGGGAGCUCAAGGAGCAAGCACAGCAGGUGCAUCUGGAUGAUGAGGCACCCCAUGGUCAAGAGUCAGAUCUCUUCUCUGAAACUAGCAGUGUCAUGAGUGGCAGUGACAUGAGUGGCAAAUAUUCCCACAGUAACUCCAGAAUAUCAGCGAGAUCAUCUAAGAAUCGGCGCAAAGCGGAACGGAAGAAGCACAGCCUCAAGGAAGGGAGUCCACUGGAGGAUCUGGCCCUUUUGGAGGCACUGAGUGAUGUGGUGCAGGGCACUGAAAAAUUGAAAGAUGAAAUAUACCAUAUUUUAAAGAUACUCUUUCUCUUUGAGUUUGACGAGCAAGGAAGGGAAUUACAGAAGGCCUUUGAAGAUACUCUGCAGCUAAUGGAAAGGUCACUUCCAGAAAUUUGGACUCCCACCCCCCAGCAGAGUUCAGCUACACCUGUUCUAGGUCCCAAUUCUACUGCAAAUAGUAUCAUGGCCUCUUAUCAACAAGAAAAGACUUCAGUUCCUGUUCUUGAUGCUGAGCUUUUUAUACCACCAAAGAUCAACAGAAGAACCCAGUGGAAACUGAGCCUUCUAGAGUGACUCUGGCCCCAGUUAGGAGGGCUCUGGCAGAGAAGGCUGUUUUCCUUCCACUCCUCACUCCUCGAGGCCUGGUUGCUGGGAACUGGGGAGAGUAAGACCAUCUACCUUAGCAUUACGGAGAGCUGCUCUGUGCAGCUGACCUCAGCAGACACCAGUUCUGUUUUAUUUUGCAUAUAAUCUUAAUCAUUAGCAAGGCUUUAAGCUUUAACCCAUAUAGCAUCAUUUUGUAAAAAUUACUGUUCUUGUACUUAGUGCUGACUGAGAGCAUAUUUCUGGUAUUUAUGGUAAUCAGGACAUUGGGUUUCAUUCCCAGCUACAGGUCUGAAUCAUAUUGGGACUGUAGACAAAUCACAGGAUUGAUUCGUGCCUCAGUUAAUUGGGAAUGUUUUGUGGCUGCUACCUCAAAAGUGUGAAGAAAAGUAAAAUAAUGUUUUUAAAUUGUU